AUGGAUAUUCUUUUCAACCCAACAUUCCUGAAAGUCUUUGCGACAUUCAACACCAUUUACCUCGCCGCUCUAGCAGGUGCCGCACAUGGCAUGUACAUAUUCAGCAUCCCAAUUAUUGAAAACAGCGAUUCAUCUAUGAACAUGCUCCGUCAAUUCCACCAACUUAUCACUCUUGGAGCAAAAUACAUGCAAGGCAGUAGCCGGAUCCAGGGAGCUUCCCUGGCUCUGCUUACCUAUCUGCUUUAUGCACAUCCCGACGAGGAUAUCGACGCCAGGUGGACGUGGUUUGGUGCUGCGUUAGUAUUGGGUGCACAGGUUGCGUGGUAUGAAUUCGUUUUUAUUUUCCCGACGAAUGAUAGGUUGGUGGAGAUGGAGAGGGACAGAGGUCCCAAUAAGUCAGCCGGCUUAUAA